AUGUCUGGACUUAUCAACAAGGCUAAGGAGUUGUUGUCUGGUGACAAGGACAAUCAUCACACCACUGGAAGUCAUACUGGUGCCCACGACACAAGCCACAAUAGCGGUUACAACACAGGCAUCGAACACCACAACAACCCAUCAUCGGGUUACGGAAGCUCAACAUCAGGAGCAUUCCCAGGCUCUACUGGCACGCACUCGAACACUGCGGGGCCUCACAGCUCAAACUUGUCCAAUAAAAUGGAUCCCAGGGUCGACAGCGACAUGGAUAAUCGAAACAAUCCUACCAGUCGAGUGGGUGGUUACGGUGGUCAGGAGAACUACGGAGUGAGUGGCUCAAACCCAACCUCGACUUCGGGUUAUGGAUCUGGGCACGGUACAGCCAUGGGCACCCACAGCACUCAAGGUAUGCACAGCCAGCAUGGUCAACAUCACGGCCAAAUUGGAUCUGCUCCUGUGCAUGAUGCUACCACCAUCUCAGGCUAUGGUGGUUCAGGCCACAGCAGCUCGAACACCUCUGGACCUCAUAGCUCAAAUUUGGCCAACAAAUUAGAUCCUCGUGUUGACAGCGACCGAGACAAUCGCAAUGAUCCAACCUCCAGAGUGGGAGGAUACGGCUCCCAGGGCAAUUAUGGAUCGAGUGGUGCAAACCCAGUUCCCUCAUCGGGCUAUCAGGGUACUUCAUCAGGUGUUGGAGGUGGUAUGGGCGGUUAUGGUUCGUCCUCAGCCACUGGAGGGCCACACCAGUCAAACGUAGCCAACAGAAUGGACCCCAGAGUCGAUUCUGACUACGAUGGCCGAAGUGGAAUGGGAGGUUCGUCAAACUUCGGAAGUGGACAUGAUCAAUACAGCUCGACUUCUACUGGCGGGCCACAUCAAUCGAGCAUGGCUAACCGAAUGGAUCCCCGUGUCGACUCCGAUUACGACGGCCGAAGUGGAAUGCCUGGACACUCUGGUGUAGGUCAAGGCCAGUACGGAAAUACCGGUGUCGGCAGUGGCAUGACAGAUAGUCAUCCUCACUCUUCAACAGGUGCUGGCCACAGUGCGACAGGCGGAUACUCAGAUAAUAACUACUCUAGCACUGGUACAGCCGGCCCACACAACUCCAACUUGCUCAAUAAAUUAGACCCUCGCGUGGAUUCUGACCGAGAUGGCUCGAAGACAUAUGGAGGCAAUAAGACGAACUAUUAG